GGGUCUCAGAAGCAUGCGUACGGUUUAUUGAGGUGUGUAGCUGCUAGUGGCCAAUCCGUGUCGUUAGCUGUGCGAUUCAGUCUGUGCUGGGCGAGCGAGACUGUGUGUCUCUAUUCGUGUAUACUGGGGAUGUGAGGUGAAAACAAUUGAACCGCGUGUGUUUCCUUGCUGCCGGCGAGGCCAGCACAAGUGACCGCUGCCUUCUGUCUUGCCUGUGGCCACAUUCGGAGCGAAGCCUACAGAGCAGCCCGUGUAACACCAUGUGUUGUCAAAGUCGAAGGAUGGAGAGAGAACGCCGAUCAUAAUCAGAGUCUCGAACACUGCGCUGUAGUCUAAUAGGCCGCAGCAUGUACGGGCUGUUACUGGAGAACAUGGCGGAGUACAUCAAGCAGGUGUACGGCGAGGACCGGUGGGAAGAGAUCCGGCGCCAGGCGUCAGUGGACCAGCCCAGCUUCAGCGUACAUCAGGUCUACCCUGAGAACCUCAUCCCACGGCUCGCUAAGAAGGCCAUCCAGGUACUGGGAGUUACCGAGAGGGAAUUCUUUGACCAAAUGGGAGUCCACUUUGUGGGCUUUGUAAGCCAGUAUGGUUAUGACCGUGUUCUAUCAGUGCUGGGACGACACAUGAGAGACUUUCUCAAUGGGCUGGACAACUUGCAUGAAUACCUGAAGUUCUCCUAUCCUCGCAUGCGAGCUCCAUCAUUCAUCUGUGAAAAUGAAACACGAGAAGGCCUUACGCUUCAUUAUAGGAGUAAACGCCGGGGAUUUGUUUAUUACACCAUGGGCCAAAUAAGAGAGGUAGCAAGACAUUUCUACCACAAGGAGAUGCUGAUUGAGCUGGUGAGAGAAGAAUUGUUGUUUGACACCGUUCAUGUUACCUUCCAGCUGACAUUUGAUAACCGAGCAUUCACACUAGCAUCGCUUACCAUGACUCGUGAAGAGAAACAUUUACCCAUUAGUGCUUCCAUGUUGUUUGAAAUCUUUCCAUUCAGUAUAGUGUUUGGAUCUGAUAUGGUAGUACGAAGUAUAGGAAACUCACUCAUGGUGAUAUUACCUGAUCUUAUUGGCAAGAAAAUCACCAAUUGGUUUGAUCUUGUGCGUCCACUGAUUGCUUUCAAGUUUCACUCGAUACUGAAUAGAACUAACAACAUAUUUGAGCUGGUGACAGUUGAACCUGUUCUAACUGAACGUCCUUCUGACAGGAAGAGGGAUGUUGUUCUUCUCAGCGAUGAGUCAGAUGGGCUACCAGAUGACAAGAAACUCAGACUUAAAGGUCAGAUGAUCUACAUGGACAACUGGAGGAUGAUGAUGUAUUUAGGAACCCCUGUGAUGCCAGAUCUCAACUCACUUAUCACCACAGGACUAUACAUCAAUGAUCUCUCUAUGCAUGAUUUCAGCAGAGAUCUGAUGUUAGCUGGAACCCAGCAGUCAGUGGAACUGAAACUGGCGUUAGACCAAGAGCAGCAGAAAUCAAAGAAGUUGGAAGAGUCAAUGAGGAAACUUGAUGAAGAAAUGCGACGAACUGAUGAAUUGCUCUACCAGAUGAUCCCAAAACAGGUAGCAGAUCGUCUUCGGACUGGUGAAAACCCCAUAGAUACUUGUGAGAUGUUUGACAGUGUUUCUAUCCUAUUCUCCGAUGUGGUGACAUUCACUGAAAUAUGCAGCCGUAUCACACCUAUGGAAGUUGUCUCAAUGCUCAAUGCAAUGUAUUCCAUAUUUGAUACACUUACUGAGCGAAAUGGUGUCUACAAGGCAUUCGCUCACCGUAGACCUCAACAAGGUAUUUUGUGUCGCCGCCAGGUGGAGACAAUAGGUGAUGCAUAUAUGGUUGUAUCGGGUGCACCAGAAAAGGAGAUCAAUCAUGCUGAAAAGGUGUGUGACAUGGCCCUUGAUAUGGUGGAGGCCAUUACGGAUCUAAAGGAUCCAUCUACAGGCUCACACCUGCAGAUCAGAGUGGGUGUGCAUUCUGGUGCAGUAGUGGCAGGCAUUGUAGGACUGAAGAUGCCUCGUUACUGUUUGUUUGGGGAUUCUGUCAACACAGCCUCACGGAUGGAGUCAACAAGUGAAGCUAUGAAGAUUCAUAUCUCUCAGUCAACUCGUGAUUUGCUGACUCCAAUUUAUUUGGUUACUGAACGUGGAGAGAUACAGGUUAAAGGAAAAGGUAGUAUGAAGACAUAUUGGCUCGAUCGCCGUGAGUUUCGUAUGCCGCUAGCUCGCCGACCAUCAUCUGUCUGUGCAAGAUCAGAACCUGAAAAGCCUGAAAAAGGGUCCACAUUAGGACUCACAAGCAUUGGAGAGGAACGGCGUGUUUAUUCUCCUGUUACCUUUCAGGAUAUAGCAAGACGAUCAAUUGCCAACUCCCCAGUUAAGAUAAACAAACAAAGAGAGUCCCGCUCCAACUCAAUGGGUGCAGUGUUCAUGACGUGUGGUUAUUCUGCCAUCAAUGAGCGUGAAACCAAAGACCUAGCCUCUCUCAAAGCAUCUUCUCGUUCUGCAACAUUCACAGCACCUUCCAUCAUAAAAACUACAACUGCUGUUACUGGUACUCUUUCAAGAACUGGAACACUUUUAUGCAAAUCUCCUUCUUCACUUAGUGAUUCAAAUGAACCAUUAAUAUUACCAUUACCUCCUUUACCAUGUUCUGCUACAAUGCUUAUCCCUGCCUUUCCAAGAGCUCCUACCCCUGCCCCUGUCUCAGCCAGUGAUACCACAACAGAUGUAACAGCGCCUCUUUCAAGUCACAGGGGCAGUUUUGCAGACAGUGAAGUGAAUCCAGUGCUUAGCAACGUUUUUGAGGGGAGUGAUGAAGAUGAAGCAGUAGGAACAAAUAUACCAGUAGGGUUACCAUCCACAUCACAGUCAGAUGGGAAUCUGUGUGUGCGGGCAAGACAGGUAGUCUUAUUAGAAAAGGAACGACAGCAGAAGCAAGACCAAGAUCACAGUCACCAUCAUCAGCAUCACCAUCGCCACAAUCACACUUACCAUGGGCAGCAGCAGCACCAAUGUUGUGCGAGGUUUGGUAGUGGAGACAGUGGUAUUGGCAGUGGAAAACAUCGUCUACACAGUAACUCCUGUGUUCUAGUAUAAACAUGUGCAUGUAUUCACUAGAAAUAUCAUGACAUCUAAACUAAACUACAGUAGUUUUAUUACAUGAUGACAAGGCAAUUUUCAAAGUAACCCUUUCCAGGAUAUAAUGUUGAAAAUGCAAUAAUACAUCAAUGAAAUUAAGUGAAAUAAUCUGUUGUACUGCAUUUUAUUUUAGAACAUAGCCUUUUGUUUGUUUUUGUUUUAUUUGCAAUUUACAAGUACAUUUGAUAAUAUUCAACUCUUGUAAUAAUAAUUUGUGAAUCUGUUGUUGGUGACAAAUGAUGAUGUCCAAUCUGAAAUGUCCAGCAUUUCCAACAUACGAGUAUAUCAUCUACUCAUAUAUUGUCUUAUAUCGAAUGUUUCAUAUAUAAGUUAAACUGAUCAUUGCAAGCAUUAUACAUCAGAAAUGAAGAUGAUAUCAGCAUUCUUGAACAUUGCAACUGGCAGAUUCAUUUUUGACACACAUAACUGAGGACAGAAAUGGAUAUUAAGAACUAAGUGAAUGCUCAGAGAGUCACAUGUGGUCACUAGAAAAGUCUUGGGAAAUGACCCGCACAUAUUUGUAAAAGAGGUUCAUUAAAGUUCAGAUUAAGAUUAUGGACCUGUGGGGGUGUGAUAGGUGGAUAGGUACCAACAUUUUAUAUAAAUCUGAUUUCUCUAUCCUUUACUCUGAAGAUUGAGGCAGCAGGUUCCAUCUAAGUGUUGGUACAUAUCUAUGGAUCUACAUGGCGUCACAUUCCAGAAGAAAGUAAUCCACAUUGUCACUGUACAGAGAACCUUGAACCUCACAUGUAUGUAUAAUGCUUCUUUAAAUGUAUUGCUUUUAUAAAGUACAGGAUGUAAAGCUGACUUUAAAUUGUUACCUAAUUUGUUAAGUAGGGCAGAGACUUACAUCUCUAACCAUAUUUACCAGUACAAAUGUUUGUUUUUGUAUGUGAUCUAUAAACACUUUGGAACUAAGUUUAUUUUAGGUCUCCUUCUGGAUCCAAGAUGAUUGUAAUGUGAAAAUUAGCUCACAUUAAAUUCAGAUUAGGGAUUUUUUACAUGUAAUAGUGAUAAUAACACAGUUGUGACCUCUGAAAGCACUAGAAAUAGCAUUUUUAAAACAUAAAUGUGGAAGUAGAUAAAUGGCAUCUGUUCCCAUAUAGAACCAUUUUCAGCCUUUGACAUAACUGAAUUGAUGAGGUAGGGGCAUUUUACCCACAUAAAUAUAACAUAUUCCUGAAGAAGAAAUGAAACUGAGAGUGCUUAAGAGCAAUGCAUUGAGCAGAAUUCUAUCUUCUGCAGUAUAAUGUCAUGUAGUCACUUGAAGUUUUGGAGGAACAUGUCUCCUCUCUCUUCAGAAGACAGUAAGUGAAGCAAAAACAGCAUGAAGCAAACAGCAAGCAAAUCAGCGUUUGAGAGGACUAUGCCGCCUCCUUCUUCAGGAUUGAAGAGUAAGCCAAUCAGAGCUUACUUGCUGGUUGCCUGUUUCAUGUUGGGAUUUUGCUUGGCUUACUCUUUAACCCUGAAGAUGGAGGUUACAUGUUCCUCUGAAUCAUUAAUUGACUUUCACUUAACUACAUAGCAUUUUAUCCCAGAAGAGAUGUCAGAACCUGAAAUUCCACACAGUGUACUGAGUAUUUCAUUUAGAUUGAAGAGAGAUAAUGUGAAAGAUGUAUUAGGGAUACUUGCCAAUUAGAAGCUGCAGAAUAUUUACUCUUCACUUAAGAGUAUUAGGAUGAGUGAUGAAAAAAGAGGGAAAUGGACGUACAGUAAAGAAAUAAAUGCACGCAAGGAUUUAAACACUCAGGUCUGUAGACAUAUCUGAAUAGGAAGAUUUAUAUUUCCUUGAUACCAUUAUUUUUCCAAGCUGUAUAUGCAUAAUUUCUUCCUGUUCCUUCAAGGCUUUGACGUAUGUAUGACUGUGGCCUAGCUCAGAUAGUUAGACACUGGCUUCUUAUCUCAGAUGCCUGGGUUCAGUCUCAGAUGACUUCGUUUGAGAUUUGUGGUGGAUGCAGUGGCGUUACAUUAGGUAUUUCUUGGAAUUCCUUCAGUUUUCCCAUGCUAAUUGUCACUCCCAUUGCUACAUUCUUAUCUCUCACCAUCUUGUGAAAUACCAAGUACUCUGACCAGACACAGCACAUUGUUAUCUCCUCUGUCCCUAAUUUUGGGGCUUCAUUUCUGACCCAGCACUUGGCUGGUUACGGAGUAAAGGAGUUAUUCACACAUAAAAAUGCUAACAUUUACAGUGGUCAUAUAUAUGAACUUUGUUGGCUAGGGGACAUUUCAUAUUAGACAUGUGAUACAGAAAUAUUCUUUUAUUCAUCAUGUAAGUCUCUGUGUUACGCCUGUAAUGCAGUUGCUUACAUGAAAAGUACCAUUUUCUGAGACAUGGUGCUGUGUAGUUUGGUAGUUUAACAGCAUUUCAGAAGAAUGUACUGCCUCCAUUUUCAGGGACAUUGAGUAAGCUAAGCAAGCCGAGUGACCUGUAGUCACUAUUCAAACCCAUUAUUAUUGUCAUUGUUGUGUGUGUGCAUGUGUGUGUGUGUGUGUGUGUGUGUGUGCAUGUGUGUGUUUGCAUGCUUACAAAUUAGUAGGUUUGGCAGUAUGUCACUAAGUACUUCAUUCUCGGGAGUACCGAGUUUUUGGAAUUUAUUAUCUAGCAUUCUGAAAGAACAGAAUAUUUUGGAAACAAUUCCAGAAUACACUACCAUCCAAAUCUUUUAGAACUGACAUGCUUUACUCUUCUUCAGAAUGUGUAAAUGCCAUCCUACAGGAAACUGCAUAACAGUGUUUUCCAAUAUGAGAUUAAAAGAGUAUAGAAAAAGACAUUGCCACCCCUGCACCUCAUUGUUUUAAAUAUGUCAACCUCCUUUAACUUUCCUUCCUCCCUGUCCCAGGAAAAUUCUGGUGCAGGUAAUCCAGUGGUUAAUUUGUCUGUAUUAGUGUUUUGGAAGAACCUGUUGGCUCCAUUUUCAGGGUAGAGUAGAUAGAGGUAACAUUUUCCUCUGAAACAUUGGUAUCUACUGAAAUAUAGGGCAUCACAUCUCAGAAAACUGUUAUCUUAAUACUCACUACCAUGAGAACCUUAAAUCGCAUACAUAGAAAGAUUUUGUUCAUAAUUAAGAAAACUAUUUAAUUUUCUGAUAUACUGGAUUUUUGGACUUUAUUCAUCGUCCUGGUUUUUUAAGAUAA